UGCGCGCAUGCGAUAUUCUCCCCCGGUGCGUCAGACAGCGUAUUUCACUCCAUGGCAUGAAGAUCGUCCCCGACAAUGACGAAACCUCCUGCCAGUCCCAGCUUUAGCUAACACUGAAUAGCCGCGAGCCUUGUUUCAGCUUUGCCUGGCACCUGGUACCAGCCAAUCUUCAAAAAAAAGACGCUUUGAUCUUUUUCCACCUUCGUUAAUAGGUUUCUUGCCCUGAUCCACUCGAUCAUUCGACGGUCCGGCUCCCAACCCGUCACAGUUAUGCUUAACAUGUCCAACAUCAUGAGCAACCGCAACAGCACGCCCGAGGCCACCAGCGUCUCGUCAUUGCGACCGCCUUCGUCGCGUGUCGUUGGCGCCAACAAUCACACGCUUCGUGCGUCUGCCGACAUGGCCACCCUGACUGGGCAGGCUGCCGCUGGCCGGAUUCGACCCUCUUCCGACUUCUACGGCCAGGUGCAAGCGGGCCAAGGUCAGGGCAGCGCCGACAUGGAUGCUCAGGACAAGCUCGCCCAGCAGUGGAUCGCCGAUAUUGACCAGUACGAGACAACGCUCGAAGAGAUGGCGGCUGCUACACUUGACCAGGACUUCAAGGAUGAAUUGAGCGCUAUUGAGCAGUGGUUCCGCGUCCUCAGCGAGGCAGAGCGGACCGCUGCGCUGUAUGCGCUCCUGCAGCAGACAACUCAGGUCCAGAUUCGCUUCUUCAUCCAGGUUUUGCAGCAAAUGGGCAAGAACCACCCCAUGUCUGGCGUACUGUCACCUGCAAAUUUCGACAAGGACCCCAUGUCGAACCGCUUGAGCGAUGCUAUGAGCAAGCUGGCUGUCGACUCGGCUCGGAACUCGCUCGCUCGCCCAAGCCCCGGCGCGAACAUGAAGCGUCAGUCUGGCUUGGAUUCGUCGACUAUCAAUGCCAUGUUUCCCGACGCUGCGGCAGCUAUUGCCACAGAGAAGGCUAAGUUCACCCAGCAGACGGGCAAUCCCCCCAUCUCGGCUAGAAAUAGUCUGGUGGACAACCGCAAUUCUUUGGCGCCGACGAUUUCGGCUCCCAAGGAUGACUCCAACGGACAGAACCCGGCGUCUCCCUGGGGCCCCAAUGACGCUUCUCGCCCGAAGUCUUCUUCCGGUCAGGCGCCUAUGGGACAGUUUGUGCAGCCCCCGCCGUCGACCGGCGCCUUGCGGUCCCCUCGGCCGCAGCUCACGGGCAACACCAACAUCCAAUCGACCACUUUGACGACUGGGGAGCAGCCGCUUGCCGACCUGCCACUUCUGUCGCCGUAUGGUGCGAGCGGCAACUGGGCUUCGAUGGUCAACACACCGAUGGUGGCCACUUUCAACCAGCCGCAGCCGGGGAACAAUGCCGACAUGGUGGCCAAUGCUACGGCGAUGAAGCUGGCGGCCCUCUCCACCGUCAACAACCGAUUCGCGCUGGACGAUGUGCGCAAGUACCGUCGUGCUCGCUCGAAUGACGCGCCCGGCCAGGCCCAGAACCCCUUGUCGCCAGGUGCACCACCUAUUCCUGGAGCCAUCAUGGUCAGCGAGCACGGAGUGCCGCUGAGCCGGGAGCAACUGAUGACUCUGCAGCAGCAGCAGCAGCAGAACUUGAGCUUCGCAGCCCAUCGGUCGCGGCCCAAUUCUCCUGGUAUCGCGGUACAGAACUACGGGCCGGCCCUUGCCUUUACUUCGCCUCAAAAUAACGGUUUUUUGAGCGCUUACGAUGGGACGUCUUCGCUUAUAAAUAAUGGACUGGCUCCAAUGAAUCUGGGUCCGUUCCCAGUUGGUCUGGGCGGCCAUCACGAAGGGUACCACUCGGACCACUCGGACAUGGUGCGUGGCCGGUCUCCGCGUGGUCGGAGGGGCACGUCCAAGCCGCCUGAGGAUCCCACGGACCCCACUCUCCUGCAGGAUAUACCGAGCUGGCUACGGAGCCUGCGCCUGCACAAAUACACGGACAAUCUCAAGGACAUGAAGUGGACCGACCUCAUCGAGCUGGACGACAAGCAGCUCGAGGAGCGGGGCGUCAAUGCGCUGGGUGCUAGACGUAAGAUGCUCAAGGUCUUUGAGCAGGUCAAGGAGGCCAGAAACGAGGGCAAGUUGGGUUAGGGACCCUCUCCCCAACUCGGGGCAAGGAUGACAAUAUGGUGAACGAGAAUGACCGGGGAACACUGGACGGGUAUAUGGAUGAAGCGAGCGAAGCGAUAUCGCAUUCCUACGGAGCAUCAUUGCUAAAUAUUCUUCCUGAUGCGAGUCUGCAAGCCCUUGCUUGAGAUUUGGAAAGACAAGAUCUGGUGCUUGAUGACGUCCGAGGAAGCGCCCCUGGUGUUCUUGGAGGCAGAUCAAGGUGGUUGUGUAUGUAUGAGAUGAGAUCACGGUGGCCAUGAUUUCUGGGGUGGAUGGAUGAAGAGUUGUGAUAACAGCUUUGCUGCUCCAUAGUGAUGGAUGAUUCAAGAUGAGUUCCUUCUUGCGGCCAUUAACAGUCCAGG